UACAAGAUGCCAAGUGAUAUCUUUCCUUUGCAGUCAGCAUUUAUGAAUGCUUUACAUGGAAAGAACCAUAUCCCAUUGAAAAUUUCAAGUUUGCAUGGUCCAUAG